AUGUCUGGACCCUGGGCACUGAUGCAUCCCAAGGACCCCACUGAGAGUGCGACUGGAGGCAACCAGACUUCUGUCAUUGAGUUUGUCCUCUUGGGUUUUUCCCAUGUUCCCAGGCUGAAGUCUCUUCUCUUUGUGCUUUUCCUGGGGAUGUUUCUGAUCACCAUGCUGGGGAAUGGCCUCAUUGUGCUCCUGACUGUGGUCGACACUGCCCUCCACACUCCCAUGUAUUUUUUCCUCCGAAACCUGGCCCUGGUGGAGAUCUGCUUCUCCUUGGACAUUGUGCCCAGAAUGCUGGAAAGCCUAGUGGCUGGAAGGGGUAUCUCCCUAUUAGGCUGUGCCCUCCAGCUCUUUCUCAUCCUGUCCUGUGUCACAUCAGAGUGUUUCCUCUUGACAGUGAUGGCCUAUGACCGCUACGUGGCCAUCUGCCACCCACUGCACUAUGGGGUCCUCAUGAGCCAGAGGCUCUGUCUCCUUCUUGCCGUGGCUUGCUGGGUGGCAGGCAUCCCGGUUUCCCUGCUAUUCACCGUUUGGCUCUUCCACUUCCCAUUCUGUGGCCCCCGAGGGGUCCGCCACUUCCUCUGUGAUGUGGCCCCCCUUCUAAGGCUGGUGUGUGCAGACACGUCUGUCUUUGAGGCCUACAUCCGGGUAGCUACAGUUCUUGUCCUAAUGGUCCCUUUCUUCCUCAUCACUGUGUCCUAUGGCCGGGUGCUGGCAGCUGUUGUGCGGAUGCCCUCGGCGACCGGGCGCCAUAAAGCCCUAUCUACCUGUGCUUCCCAUUUUGUUGUUGUGGCUCUUUUCUAUGGUACAGCUUGUGUCAUUCACCUCCAGCCCAAGUCCAGCUAUUCUCCUGAGAGCAAGCAAGUGGUGUCCUUGUCCUAUACCCUUGUCACGCCCAUGCUCAACCCCAUCAUCUACAGCCUGAGGAACAAAGAGGUGAAAGCUGCCCUGUGGAGGGUGUUGGGUAGGAAAAAAGGGGGUGCCCAGAUGACCUGA